GACGCGGUGGGCAUCCUCAUCCUCUGCCUGGCUUCUGCGGCGGCAGCGCUGGACUUCAGGUACCACCACACCGAGGAGCUGGAGGAGUUCCUGAAGGGGGUGCACGCCGCGCACCCCUCCUUCACCCACCUGCACAGCAUCGGCCGCUCGGUGCAAGGUAGAGACCUGUGGGUUCUUGUUCUGGGAAGGUUUCCAACCCAUCAUAAGAUUGGCAUUCCAGAGUUCAAGUAUGUUGCUAAUAUGCAUGGGGAUGAGACUGUUGGGAGAGAAAUCCUGCUCCAUUUGAUAGAUUUCCUGGUGACCAGCUAUGGACGUGACCCAGUUAUUACCCGGUUGCUCAAUAAUACCCGGAUUCAUAUCAUGCCAACCAUGAAUCCUGAUGGAUUUGAAGCUACAAAAGUGCCUGAUUGUUAUUACACACCAGGAAGGUACAACGGGAAUGGAGAAGAUCUGAACAGAAAUUUUCCUGAUGCCUUUGAGGACAACAGGGCCAACAUUCAGCCAGAGACUCAAGCAGUAAUGGACUGGAUCAAAAACGAAACGUUUGUUCUCUCAGCAAACCUGCAUGGGGGUGCCCUGGUUGCCAGUUACACCUUUGAUAAUGGUAACCCAGUUACUGGCUCUUUGAAAGGCUAUAGCAGAUCUCCAGAUGAUGAUGUCUUUAUUCACCUGGCAAAAACCUAUUCUUCCAACCAUGCCAGCAUGUACAAAGGGACGGGCUGUGACAGCAGGCAAACCUUCCCAGAAGGCAUUACCAACGGGUACUCUUGGUACCAGCUGGAAGGUGGAAUGCAAGAUUACAACUAUGUCUGGGGACAGUGUUUUGAAAUUACACUGGAGCUGUCAUGCUGUAAAUAUCCUCCAGAAGACCAGCUGGGAAAGUUCUGGAGAGACAACAAAGUUGCUCUGAUCGAAUAUAUCAAACAAGUACACCUAGGUGUCAAAGGCCAAGUUACUGAUAAGAAUGGGAAUCCUAUUCCCAACGCCAUCGUGGAAGCCAAAGGAAGGCCACAUGUCUGCCCCUACAGAACAAAUCAACACGGGGAGUACUUCCUUCUCCUUUUGCCUGGGACAUAUGUGAUCAAUGCUACUGUACCAGGAUAUAAAUCCAUGCUGAAGACAGUGGAAAUACCUGACAACACUGGAAACUUCAGUGCUGUGAAACAGGAUUUCUCUUUUCCAGAGGUCUCAGAUAAGAUCAGCUCGAAAGUUACUUCAUGUCCCAAAACUCCCCUCUACCAAGAGCUCUCACGGGCUUCAGCUGCAGUAAAACCAACCGUACAUCUCUUGGUUUUAAUGACCGUUGUGCUUGCAAUUUUCAAAUAAAGUCAGGAAUGACAAAGGCAAAGGCAAAAUCUUCCUGCACAAAUGUGGCUUUUGAGAGAAGGAAUUGUAUAUGCAAAAGAAAGUAUGUUUUUAUAAACCAGAUUCUCAGAUUCACAAUCAUGUUUACUGUAUUUUGUAAAAUACUGGUUUGACAAUUGAAUGUUUUACUUUACUUAUAGUAGACAUAUUUUUAAUUGUAACAGACUAUCAUAUUUUUCUAUGUAAAUAUUUUACUCUGAAGAAAUUUCCUACACUCUAUGCUGAUAACUGUAGAAUUUUGAUGCAGAAAAUACAAAUACAUUUUGAAGAUUUUUCCUAAAUUCCAAAACACUGAGAAUUGUACUGCAAUGUUUCAUGCAAGCUCAGGUGCCACACAACUGUAAGUCAUCAGCUCAAUACUAAUUUCUCAUAAUAAAGCCACUGCUAUAAAUGAAGAAUGGCAUUUCUAUAUAUGCUCUUUCUUACCUGGACAGAUGAGAUGGCUCAGGGCUCAAAUGAGGUAAAGGCCAGUGACACAGACGUGUUUAAGACAAGAAGAUGAAAAUGAAAUGUGAGUAUCUACCAAAGGGCUGUGAUGUGGAAGCUGGCUGAUAAUCCACACCAACAGGGAAAAGGGAGGAAUUUGUGGCUCUGAAAACCACGUUCUCCUAUGGCAGAGCUGCUGAAAGCAAUGUGGAAAGAGUCACUGACAGCUUUAUACUGUGUCCAUUUUUAACUGAAUUUGUUGUGGCACAGAACCACAUACAAUUCAGAAUUCUUUGAAUAGUUCCAGCAAUGGCUUUAUACUGUUUCAACAGCCUCACAGCCCUGCUGCUUGCACUGCUGGGACUGCUUAACAGCCUUGCCAGGAGCUGGCAGUCACAUCAGCAAGGCACCAGCCAGCUCCAGUCACAGAGGGUGCUUUCACUGCCCCCCUGGCUAGGCUGUACUGCAGGCAGGAUUAGCAGGUUCCUUUCGCCUGGCCAGUUGUGAGUCAUUUUCAGAGCCCUUUGAAGCUGCCCAAUUAACAGAAAAUUUUUCAAGAAAAGCCAGUUAGUACCAUCUCCUGAGUUUAUUUUAAAGCUUUAUCUGCCAGUAAUUUUCUUGAGCAAUUUCAAAAGUAAACCAGCAAAGAUUAUCUUUGGAAACAUCAAUCUUUUCCUGUAUACAGUAAAUAAAAAAUGCAGGAAUUCAGUUAAUCCUUUAAUGCCUUUUAAAAUCUCUCCUGAGGCAUUGCUGCCUGUCACACCAAGCCCUUCCAGCUGGGCUGUGGCACUUGGGCAUCAGCCACUUGUCUGCCAGACAGCCACAUGCAGUGUGCAAAUCCACCUCAGAACUUGAAACAGCAAUACCAAUAGCAAUGAGGGCUCUGUGCAAGAGACUGGUGUUUGAGUAUUUCCCUCAUAUCCAUUUGCAUUUUCUACCUUUCCUCACCCUCUGAUCCACUGUGGGUUGUUUACCACACAGAGAAGUAAUUAUCCACUAAAUCCCAUCACUGCUCCUGCCACUUGUAGCAGGAAGAACGAGAGAUUCCUAGAGUUAAAAUCUCCCAAACCAAAGAAAUCUGACAGAAGUCAGCAGUCCAGCAGCUGAGUGGGGGCAGAAAAAGCCUGUGUGCUGGUUCACAAAAGUAAGAAUCUGUGUGAAAACAAAGUGCCAGAACUUCUAACAAUCAAGUAAUUGACAUGGAAAAAAAAAAGAGCACCAUGGAGUAUAUAAACAAAUCUUUAUUUAAAGCUUUUAAAUGGAACACAGUACUCAAUUUUCAUCAGAAAAGGAAAAACUGAAAACUGAAAGAUAAAUGCAAGACACGUGGAACUCCUCAUAAAUGGGUCUAUACGGUGUGCAAUUGGAGUGGAUACUUGCAUUUUAAUGAUUACUGACUGUGGUCAUACAAGCACUGGGUAGCUGAAAAGUAAUGCACCAGGUCAAGCUCUUGAAAGCAUGUUGCAUAGUUAUUUAAAUUCUCUAUGAGCUACUCUAUUCAACAGUCAUCCCAGCUAUGUGUAGUCAGACAACAAAGACUCUGGUUUUAGAAAAGCUAUUGGUAUUUUAGGUAUAAAUUAGUCAUCAUCCUGACAGCCACUACUGUGGCUCAAGACCAAGAACCAUCCCUUAAAAGUAGGCUGUUAAGCUGAAAAUAUCUACUCAAAAGGGGAGCCACCACCUUUUUAAGUAUCACUGACAAAUUUCACAUGUAUAAUAUAGGUCUAGAUACACCAAAGAACCAUUCACUUGAAGCUUUCAGUGCAUCUAUGCUAAAAAAAAAAAAAAAAAAACCUAAAUAAACCCCCACACUGUAGUUAAAAGCAACAAUUUUUCAUGUUCCAUAAGUGCAAUCCACUAUUAAAACCUCAAGCUGGGUUUUGUGCUUUGCUUGUGCAACGUUUAAAGCACAAGCUGUGCCUUGGACUCCGGUGUGGAGGAGCUGGAAAGGCAGGGCAGGGCAAGGAAUCCCCUGGAAAGGAGAGGGCUGAUGCUCCAGCGAGGACCAAGGCUGCCCUACAGCCCCUCCAUGACAACACUGCCUCUCCUCAAGUCCCCUCAACUGCCCAAUAUAAUCCUCCCCACAGGAAAACCUCACAACAGCAAAUGCCCCUUUUCAGGCCAAAUGCUGCACAACAAAAUGCUGCACCUUCCUGGGAUAAGGGAUAACUCCUGCCCCACCAUGUGUGUGCUAAGUUAAUGUGCUGAAUAAAUUACCUGCUUUAAAAUUAUAAACUCUACCUAAUGUUACACCCCAACACAACAGCAGCCUUAGAUUAAGAUGGAGAAGAAAAAAAUCUUCACCCCUAUUUCCAUCCUAUUUAUUCAGUUUCAUUAGGGUCUUAAUAAUUUUCUAAUCUCUCUUUUCUAAGAUACAUUUUUCUGAAACAAUUCUUCUUGUUGACACUCUCUGUAAGAACGAGGAAUUUUUCUCUUCCUCAUAUUAGUCAUAAGAGAAAAAAAUCUGAAAAAAAUCUUCAUACCCACAGAUGCCUCAGAGACAGCAACAUUUGAACAAAUGUACAGCAAACAGAACUCUGAUAAAAUCGUACCACACUCUUAAAAGGAAUGUAAGCUUUUCAUCAGUGAGCAUUUUGAAGCACCUUUACCUUUUCUAAAUCAUCUUCUAAGGGGAGAGGCACAGGACGGCACAGCCCACGAUCCUGCUGGUGUGAGGUGGAUUGCAAUACUAACAUAAUGGCAAUACUAACAAAUAGGUAAAUAGUUAAAGACUUGUAUUUAAGCAAAAAGUAGGUUUAUUGUACUUUCUAAAAAAAAAUAGGUUGCAUCCUGCAACGUUCAUGGUCGUGUCCAAAGGCAAAAGCCAUUUGCCCCUUUGCAAAUUAACCUGAAAGCCGCUCAUCACCAUCCUGUAUCUCCUGGACCAUCACCCCAACGUUACCAGCACCCAGAAGCAGUCAGUCAGCUCCUUGCCUGUACUGAGGGAUGCAAAAGCAUUCCAAAGGAAAGCAAAACACCACCAAAAUAUUUUCACUAAGCUGAGGUUGGACCAGCACCUUCUCUAUUCAAUAAACCUUGUUCAGGUUCAAUGCAGAAGUUGUUUUAAGGGAAGGAAAAAAACCCCAUAGACAUAAAUCUCCCUUCUCAAUAUAAUACGAGUAUUUCUCUGAAUUUUAAUGCUACAUUUCUUAAAAUAGUCCUCUUGUGCCUGUGAUUUACUAAAUAAGCAUAUUUAUAUAACUACACAUGUAGCAGUAGACUAAUUCAAUAAAUUAGAGCUCAAAACAUCAACUGUGAGCACAAGUAUAUUUACAAACAGCAAUAAAUUAUUGAUUAAAAUCUGUAGGAUAUUAUAUGAGGAUCUCUGACGUUUUGUACCAGUGUUUAAGGGCCAGAACCAGCAGGGUGCUCACUGCUCGUGCCCACACAGGAGACAGGGUGGAGGCAGAGCCCAAGGAGUCCCCAUAGGAGCCACUGUGCCACAGCCCCGGGCACCAGCCCUGCACUGCACUGGCCUGCCAGUGUCCCCUGCAGGAACAGGCAUCAAUUCCCAUCACUUCCACUUGGAAGGCAUGCACCCACACCAAACAAUUCAAAGUUGCACUAGAAGUCAUUAAGAAUAAUAUUAGGCCAUAGAAUGUAACUCAAACCAAAAUACUCGAUACAGUGAUUUGCAGAUGCAGAAAUGAAAAUGGCCCAUUUCCUCCCCACUGGAGCGAGUGGAAGGUAUUUCCAGGGCUAUUCUCUGCAACAGAAGGCAUGUGACUGGAAAGGAUUGCUGAGAGGGACGGCACAAUUUGUCCCAACAGGAAGAAGACAAGGACAGCUGCUCCCCCAGCAUGCAGUUACACAGCCAGGGCAGCCCCUGCAGAGAAGGCAUCGUGCUGAGACAGGGGGAGACACGGGAGACAAUGCAGCGGACAAAGCUUCAUAAGAACAAGAUGAAACUUUUUAGGUACAAUUCCCAUGUUGUUGAUGCUUCUGCAUAUACACAUCUAUAAUUAUCUCUCACCUGCAGGUGCAAUGAAGAGCCUCGGCAAGCCUCACAGCACCUAAGUUUAUCAAAUCAAAAAUUUUAAAAAAACCCAUUAAUAGGAAGUGCAAAGUAAGGCAAGUAGCUCUGUAAUAGCAUCUCUCUUUGAAAAAACUAGCUAUCUGCCCAAAAACUAGCUAUCUGAGGCUCAAGGAUUAUCAAAUCCUAUAAAAACCAUGAAAGGUUUCUGCUGAUCAAAAAACUUCCAAAACUUCAAGCUACCUGAUGUCCCUGUCCAAAUUGCAGGAGGCAAGAAACUUGCAAGUAAGAACGUGAAUGAAUACAACUGGAGUUUAUAUUUUGUAUACUUAAAAUGAACUGUGUUAGAACUUGGAUGCACCACUUUCUUUCACUAGCAACAAAAUAACUAAAAAAAAAAAAAAA